AUGGCUGCUUUUAAAAGUCUUUUGGACGGCGCACUCGAGAAACGUGAGGAAUAUGAUGUUUGGCAACAGGCCAUCUUCAAAGUUGGCGACGACUGCCGACAAGACAUGUUGGCCUUACAAAUCAUCGUCAAAAACAUCUUCACCAGCAUUGGGUUGACCCUCUAUCUUCUCCCUUACAGGGAUACCGCAACUGCCGCUGGAUGCGGUGUCAUUGACGUGGUGCCAAAUGCUACAUCUCGAGAUGAGAUGGGAAGAGCCACAGUAAACGACCUGCUUGACUUCUUUAUUUCAAAAUAUGGCGGAGAAGAGACCGUUGCAUUCCAGCGUGCCCGCCUCAAUUUCACCCAGUCCAUGGCCGCGUUACAUCCUGCAAAUCAAGGAUCGUCACAAUGGGAAUAUCAUGGUUGA